GUUUUAAACAUCGACUUCUGGUUGAGCAGUGAAAUAGAUGGCAAUGUAGAUAGAAGCUCCGCUAGACUAAUAAUAAUAAUAAUAAUAACAGCUCCAACUAACAACAAACCAAAUUCAAAAUUUUACUCAAACAAGGAAUGAAAAGGGGCAGACAGCAGAGUAGCCGAAGGAAUCUGAAAACACAGAAGAGUGAGCCUAAACUCGUAAUGGAAACAAACGCGGAUGCCAAAGAUGGCAGAGGGACAAGAGCCCCACAGCAGACGCUACAUAAAUAUUUAGCAGAUAUCACUAAAGAGAGAAGGAAACUUAUGAAAAACGACCCAGUGGUUUUCAAAGUAGAACUCAACACUAACUUCAGACAGGAAUUUGCCAAUUUCAUGGUAUAUGUUAAAGAGAAACUACAAGUAAGCCGUGACUACAAGAAGACAAAAAAAAACUUCAGCAAUGCUCAGGCACGUAUUGAGGAGCUUGAGACAUUUAACAUGGAAGCUAAAGAAGCGCUGUUGGCAGUGCUUCGAGAACAGAAGAAGUUACAAGAAAAGGUAACCGACUUGCAAGGUAGCUCUCGUAGAAAUAAUGUGAGAACAUUUGGGGUCUUGGAGGGCACGCUUUAUUGAGGAACUACUACAUAGGGAACUAAUAUUACCUGAGGGGAUCAGCCUACUGAUGCAACGGGCACACCGAGUGAAUACAAGGAGACCAGACCUGACCCACGAUCCAUAAUUGUCAACUUUCUGAGAGAUGAUUCUGAAAAAGGCAUAGCAGAAAUGGAUUAAACUAAAUAACACAACCAUAUUCUUUGAUUACGACUACCCAGUGUAGGUGGUACAGAAAAGCAAAGCUUACACCAAAAUUAAAGAUAUCUUGGAGGCUAAAGGCAUCAGGUUUCAGACUUGCAGCUUAUCAGAAUACACUGGAGCCUGGCAACAGCAAAGCAGCAGAGAACCAGGAAAAUUGCAGGAGUUUUGGAGACCCAGUGAUACAGAAAACAACUGAGACACAGAAGGUGAAGUUGUGAAAUCUUGUUUUAAUUAAGUUUUUGUUACAAGUAAGUAAACUGGAGUUAUGGCCACGGCUCUCCUUCUAACAUUGCUGUUGUAUUCAGUAUAUGUUGCCACUGUUUUAUAAGUACCACAAGGUGUCGCCUCCGGACCUGAAGAAACAGGAAGUGUGUUCGCUACUUCCGGGCAGAGAAGAAGAUAGCUGCAGGUGCCGGUGUCAGUUAGCUCCCAGGAAAAAUAUUGUAUGUUGGAAUUUUGGAAUUGGAUAAAAGUGCAAACUCGACAUCUUGUGUCAGUGGUUCUUAUUGCCCAAGUUACCACAUAUUUUUGGCGACGAGGUGAACUGGAGACAGCGGUGGAGUGGAACGACACAACGGCGCGGGGGACCUGAAGUUGUUCGGUGAGAGCGACAGAGAGCCGGUCGUCAGUCCAACAGUACGCGGGCAAGUACAACGAUCUGUGGGGAGCAUGGCGACGUUUGGGGCAGUCGGUGAAUAUGUGGAGGGAGACGAGGAUUGGACUGAGUACGAGGAAAGGUUGGGACACUUUUUCGAUGCUAACGGAAUAACUGAGGAGGCUAGGAAGCGCUCCAUUCUCCUGAGCGUGUGUGGAGCAAAGACUUAUAAGCUGAUAAGAAACUUAGCUACGCCACAGAAGCCAGGUGAAAUUCCAUAUGCAAACUUGGUAAAACUCGUAGGAGACCACCACAACCCGAAACCAUCGGUAAUUGUCCAGCGUUUCAAGUUCCACAGUCACUUCAGAAAGGCAGGUAAAUCAGUAGCUAACUUCGUAGCAGAGCUUCGACAGCUAUCAGAGCACUGUGAAUUUGGAGCAGUGUUAGACGACAUGCUGCGUGAUCGACUUGUAUGCGGCAUUAAUGAUGAUGCAAUUCAGCGUCGCUUGCUGAGUGAGACAUCACCAAUAUUAACUUACAAAAAGGCACUAGAGAUUUCCCAGGGCAUGGAAAUGGCUGCUAGCAAUGCCAGAGACAUACAAAAAGGGCAUACUGGAGCGCCGGUAGCAGUGCAAUAUGUAAAGAAAGACGGGCCAAAAUAUGGCAGGCCAGUUGAAUGUUUUCGGUGUGGUGGAGCUCACUAUGCAAACGAAUGCAAAUUCAAGGAUGCAGUCUGCCAUGGCUGUAAGAAAAAAGGACAUUUAGAAAAGAAGUGCAGAGGUGCUAAAAAUAAAAAUAACCCUAAAAAGGUGAAGGCAAAGCAAAAUCAGACUGCCACUCAUUACGUAGAGGAGGAAAAAGAAGAGGUUUUGUGUUCUAUUGACAUGUUUGCAGUGGAAACUGAGGAGGUACCGCCUAUGCCAUAUUAUGCCACAGUCACUGUUCAAGGAAAAGAGAUCAAGUUUGAGAUUGAUUCAGGAGCAACAGUGUCGGUCAUCAGCGAGGAGACCUACAGGAGAACAUGGAGGACCAAGCCACCGCCACUGACUCCCUCAAAGCUCAAGCUACGGACGUACACUGGCCAGCCCAUACCUCACCUAGGAGUGCUGAAGGUGAGCAUUGCAGCGAGUGAUCAGAGGGCUGAGGGGAGACUAGUGGUAGCCCAGGGUAGUGGCCCCAGUCUUUUGGGCCGGGACUGGCUCAGAAAAAUUAAGAUAAACUGGCAUGAGGUGAAGUACAUGCGCACAACAGAGGACAUUUUACAGCAGUACAGUGAGGUGUUCAGAGAUGAGCUAGGCACGUGCAAGGGGAUGACAGUUAAACUGCACAUUGACCCCAAUGCCACGCCACGUUUCUAUAAGCCCAGAGUGGUACCCUAUGCCAUGAAACAGAAAGUGGAGGAGGAGCUGGAGCGCUUACAGGCGCUGGGCGUCAUUGAGCCAGUCCAGUUCUCCAGGUGGGCAGCUCCCAUUGUCCCUGUUAUGAAACCAGACAAGACAGUGCGCAUAUGUGGGGACUAUAAACUCACCGUGAACCAGGUCUCAAAGCUGGAGGAGUAUCCGUUGCCACGGGUGGAUGACCUGUUUGCAACACUAGCAGGGGGAAAGUCAUUUACAAAAUUGGACAUGAGCCACGCUUAUCAGCAGCUGUUGUUAGAUGAGGAGUCCAAAGAGUUUGUCACCAUUAACACACACAAAGGAUUGUUUAAGUACAACCGCCUAGUGUUUGGAGUGGCGUCCAGCCCUGCCAUUUUUCAAAGGACAAUGGACAGUCUGUUGCAAGGCAUCCCACACGUAACAUGCUACCUGGACGAUCUGCUCAUAACAGGUGUUACAGAAGCUGAGCAUCUCCGGAAUCUGGAGCAGGUGCUUCAGAGGCUCUCAGAGGCCGGGCUGAGAUUGAAAAGGGAGAAAUGUGUGUUCAUGGUCCCGAGUGUUACUUACCUGGGACAUAGGAUAACAGCUGAGGGCAUCUGCCCAGUGGAAGACAAAGUGAGAGCUGUUAAAGAAGCACCGAGUCCCAAGAAUGUCACGGAACUCAGAUCAUUUCUGGGGAUGGUGAAUUACUACGGCAAAUUCCUGCAGGACCUCUCAAAGGUCUUGGCUCCGCUGUACAAACUACUGCACAAUGACACAAAGUGGCAGUGGUGUGAUGAACAAGAGAAAGCUUUCAAUAAGGUGAAAGAACUGCUCCAUUCGGCAAAACUGCUGGUGCAUUUUGAUCCAGACAAAGAGGUGACCCUCUCAUGUGAUGCCUCGCCGUACGGGGUAGGGGCAGUGCUGUCCCACGUUAUGGGAGAUGGCUCUGAGAAGCCUAUUGGCUAUGCUUCACGCACGUUGACAGCGGCAGAAAAGGGGUACUCACAGUUAGAAAAGGAAGGUCUGGCAGUCGUAUUUGCAGUUAAGCGCUUUCAUCAGUACCUCUAUGGCCGUCCUUUCACAAUCCAUACAGACCAUAAGCCACUGAUGAGUCUGUUUGGUGAGACGCGUUGCAUCCCACCCCUCGCCUCCGCCCGAAUCCAACGUUGGGCACUAAAGUUGUCAGCCUACCAAUACACCAUAGUGUACAGGGCAGGAAAGGACAAUGCGAAUGCGGACGCUCUCAGUCGCCUGCCAUUGCCCGAGACACCAGUCACGACUUGCGUGCCUCCAGAGACUAUUUUUUUAUUAGAGAAGUUGUCGGAAACACCAGUGACUGCAGUGCAGAUCAAGCAGUGGACCGAGCGAGACCCUGUAAUGGCCAAGGUAAAAACUUACCUGCUACAAGGCUGGCCCGUAGUGGUAGAAAGUGAGGAGUUGAGGCCUUAUGUAAAAAGGAAAAAUGAACUGAGCUUACAAGAUGGUUGCAUUUUCUGGGGGACAAGGGUGGUCGUACCUCCCCCAGGCCGCUCACAGAUCAUGGAGGAAGUGCACGAGGCACAUCCAGGGGUGUCUAGGAUGAAAAGUCUGGCAAGAUCCUAUGUCUGGUGGCCAAGAAUGGAUUUAGACCUGGAAAACAAGGUAAAAUCAUGCAUACAAUGCCAAGCCAAUCAGAAAAUGUCGCCACCAGCUCCAUUUAAGAAAAGCAGCACCUAG